AUGUCUGUGCCAUCUGACAGUCUUAAAAGAAGAAUUAAUUUUAUAAUCGAUAGCUUAAAGCCUGUGAUGAAAGUAGGGAACUGUUUUGGAAUAUUCAAGUUUUCCUAUACAAAUCAAAAUCUAACCAAUACCUCAAAGAAACUUAAAUUUCUGAGCCUUGCGCUAGCAUCAUAUUUGAUUAUCAUAACGUUCGAGAGACACAUUGAAAUUUUCUUGUUUUAUACGUAUAUGAAGUGCUUAAUUCAAAGACUAAGUGUGAUAAACAGGUUUCUGCAGAAAAUUUGCCCAAAUACGUCGAGGAUGAGUAUAUAUUUGGAUGUACACAGAUCUAAAAGAAUAACUCCGGAUCCAAUGGUGCAAAGACAAACAAUCGGUUUGAUAUCAAUAUCCUCAGCGUACGAUCUUAUUGGUGAAACUGUUCGUCUGGUAAAUGAAGUGUAUAGUUUGCACAUUAUCAUGUCAUUAUCUUGUUCAUUCUCCUACAUACUUACAACUAUUUGGCUGUACAUAUAUUACUACAGCUUCCGACUUAUACCAAAUCCAAUACUAGAUUUCGUAUGCUGGUGCACCACUGAGAUAGUUUUUGUUGGAGUACUUUCGUAUGUUUGUGAAGAAAUAGAAUCUACUAGGAAUGACACAAAAGUUUUAGUUAACAACAUAAUAAUGGAUUACAGUUUACCAAAUAAAGUACGAAGUGAAGGUAAAACACUAAUGGAAUUGAUAGACGCCUGGCCAUUACGUGUUGAUGUCUUCGGAAUGUUUGACGUUAAUAUUAAGUUAUUACUGAGUUUUGUUAGUGUGUCUACUUCUUACUUGAUUGUAAUAAUUCAAAUUUCUCAUUUCUAUUAA